AUGGCAGGCAUUAAGACCACAAGCCUCAAUUUGCAUGAUGGAUAUUUGAAAGGCCCUUGGAUGCAAGCGAGCUGCGGUUUUGUCAUUGGCAUGCAUAUCCAAGGCAGCACGAUCAUACAACUGACCUCUGAAGUGCCUCCUGCCGACGCUCUAGAUGUGAGCUUGUCCUUGCUCAUAUAUGGUAGUGGCAAGUCGAGCCAGAAACCCCGUGAUAUCUCGGGCAUUGCAUGA